CCGAGCCAGAAGAGAAACGGUCUUGAGGGCUGAAAUGACAGCAAGAAAGAUCAAACAAUCAAGAAAAUGACAUCUGCAAAUUGCAAUUGAAACAAUGGAUCCCUCCUUCCUGCUUCGUUUUUGAACUGGGUUUUCUGUAGAUAAAAAGGGAAGCUUAUUCACAAUACAAUCUCAUUAAAUCAUUCUUUGGUGAGAUUGUCGAGAAAUUCAAGAUAAGGGAGGAUGAAGUUUGGAAAGGAGUUCACUGCACAGAUGGUGCAGGAAUGGCGAGAGGCAUACAUGGAUUACAAGAGUUUGAAGAAACUCCUCAAAGAUGUUUUGCGUUUUAGACGGCAAAAUGCGCCGUCUCCAACGGCGGCAGUGAGCCCAAAAAGCGGAUUGAAGAGAAGGGUUUCGUUGUACAGAGCGUUUAGUGGAUUAACCUGCCGGUACAUGGGGUCUCCGGUGAGGGAGGAAGAAGAAGUAAUCCUGGUAAAUGACGUGCAAGACGAAGAUGGGUCGUCGGCAGGACAUUACCAGACUAUGUUUCUCAUGUCAUCUGAGGAAGGAGGAGAGUAUGAGCUUCUCUUCUUUAAGCGGCUAGAUGAUGAGUUCAAUAAGGUGUUGAGGUUCUACAGCAAGAAAGUGGAGGAAGUGAUUGUGGAAGCUGAUGAGUUGACUAAGCAAAUGAAUGCUUUGAUUGCUCUUCGGAUUAAGCUUCAUAAUCCCAUUUUGGGAGGGGAUCCUUUGGUAGAUCUUGCAGCCUCUAUUGGAGUUCCUGAAGCUUCACCCUCAAGUUCUCCCACCAUCAAUAGCAGAAAACCAAGAGGACAAGUAAUGGAUUCAAUUCAAGAAGUUGAAAUGAGCUGUGAAGUAAAUUCAGAAUCAGAUGAAGGAAAGAAAUCAAAUAAUGAAAGGAACUCUAUAGAUCAAAAGAAAGAUAGUGAGGUCAAGGAUAUCACUCAGGGAUUUAGACCACCAUCAUUGCAGGUCCUGGAUCAUGUAAAGAUCAAUAUUGAGCCUGAAACUCCAAUCUCAACAUUAAAAACUUUGCUUUUGUUUUUAAAAUCAAACAAUUCGUUCAACAAGAAGGAGCUUAAGAAAGCAGAGGAGUUGAUGUCAGAGGCGUUUGUGGAGUUUUACCAAAAGCUUCGGCUUUUGAAGAGCUACUGUUUCUUGAAUCAAUUAGCCUUCUCCAAGAUCAUGAAGAAGUAUGACAAGAUCACUUCGCGGAAUGCGUCAAAAGCUUACAUGCGGACAGUGGAUAAUUCUUAUCUUGGCAGCUCUGAUGAGGUUGCUAAGCUUAUGUUAAAGGUAGAGUGUACCUACAUCAAGCACUUUGCAAAUGGAAAUCACAGAAAAGGAAUGAAAACUCUGAGGCCAAAAGCUAAGAGGGACAAGCAUAGGAUUACGUAUAUCCUGGGGCUCUUCACUGGCUGCACAAUUGCACUGAUUGUGACCGUGGGUGUGCUUAUACAUGCAAGAGAUCUCUUAUACCAUGAAAAGAGAAAUGCAUACAUGGAAAAUAUAUUCCCACUUUACAGUUUGUUUGGGUUUAUUGCGCUGCAUUUGCUGAUGUAUGCUGGAAACAUAUACUUCUGGAAGCGUUAUCGGAUCAAUUACUCAUUUAUCUUCGGCUUCAAGCAAAGCAAUGAAUUAUGUUAUAGAGAGGUACUCCUGCUCGUCAGUCUUGCUGUACUCACAUUUGCUGGGGUCAUAUCAAAUUGAAUGGAGAUCGACAAAAGAACACAAAGCUAUAAAGCCAUAACUGACUAUGUUGUAGCACUCAUCCCAUAUUGGUUACGGUUUGCUCAGUGCUUACGUCGCUUGCUUGAAGAAAAAGAUAAAAGGCAUUUGUUUAAUGGCUUAAAGUAUUUCUCAACAAUCCUUGCAGUUGCCAUGAGAACAAUUUUUGACUUAAAGGGGCCUUCUUGGCUGAUCUUGGCUACAGCCACUUCAGCUAUAGCAACAAUUUUUAACACAUAUUGGGACAUUGUUAUAGAUUGGGGUCUACUAAGAAGGAAUUCAAAAAAUCCUUGGUUGAGAGAUAAACUCAUCAUACCAAAUCGAAGUGUUUACUUCAUAGCUAUGGUAGCAAACAGUUUGUUAAGACUUGCUUGGAUGCAAAUAGUGUUUGGCAUUAGGGAUGCACCUUUCAUGCAUGAAACAGCAAUGAUUGCAUUAAUUGCCAGCUUAGAGAUCAUUCGUCGUGGCAUUUGGAAUUUCUUCAGAUUGGAGAAUGAGCAUCUAAACAAUGUGGGCAAGUAUCGAGCAUUUAAGUCUGUGCCGCUACCUUUUCACUAUGAGUAAUGGAGACGGGUGUAGAAUACAUACACAUGGUACAGAAGGGAAUAGAAGAUGAAAUCUUGUCAGUAUCCAUAUAUGCAGAGAGAACAUCCUUCCCAGUCCUUACCAGUCCCAUGUAAUAUUUCUUUAUCUAUUCCUUAUUAAUUAGUGUUGAUUAUUUCAUUCAUUUAAAACACAAAUUUGUUAUGCACAGAACUUAUAGUUCUAGUAGCAAACAUAUAAAUAACAGCCCUAUGGGAUAUUGAAAA